AUGUCCACCUUCAAAGGCAUCAUAGCAGAAUUCCCGCAAAUACGCAUCGACCACUUCCGACAGCAGCCAGGGCACAAGGCGCCUUUGGCUUGUUUCUUAAGCCAUGUGCACAGCGACCACCUCGUGGGACUCGAGUCCUUGAGAGCACCCUUCGUGUAUUGCUCUGCAGCAACUCGGGAGAUCCUCUUGCGGCUCGAAAAAUAUCACUACCGCAUCAAUUUCGCGCGUGGUGUCCUCGAAAGCCGCAAUGUUACCUACGAUAGAAGCAUGCGCAAGUUGGCGAAGCCGCUUCCGCUCGACACGCCAACAGUCAUCGAGCUAGCUCCCCGGAACAGCAUCCAGGUUACCCUGAUCGACGCAAACCAUUGCGUAGGAGCUGUUAUGUUCCUCAUAGAGGGCGACGGCAAAGCCAUCCUCUACACAGGCGACAUACGAGCCGAGACGUGGUGGGUGAACUCCUUGGUGCAGAAUCCGGUGCUAUUGCCUUACGCACUUGGCUUCCGACGAUUAGAUUGCAUGUACCUAGAUACGACGUUUGCCACCAAGUCUACGCCAUACCGCGAGUUUCCUUCGAAAGCAGAAGGAAUCAAAGAGCUGCUGGAUAAAGUAGGGGCUUGUUCUGAAGAUACUAUAUUCUACUUCCACUCGUGGACUUUUGGAUACGAGAACGUCUGGGUCGCAUUGGCUACCUUUCUGGGAUCUCGGAUACAUUUAGACGACUACCGCACUCGAAUCUAUGCGGCCCUUUCUACCUUAGACAAGAAAUCUUUAAGAGAGGCUGGCCUGAAUGCUCAGUCGGACAAUAGGUUUUUGCGAGAAUCUGGUCUGGAAGUCCGCGAAGCCCCCGCAUUAUGCGGCUUCAGAAAUAGCAACCACAUCCAGCCUGGAUGCCUGACUUCGCAUCCAGGUGUUCGUAUCCACAGCUGUGAACGUGGCAUGGGAUGUCCUAUCGUUGAUCAUGACACGGACGCAAGGAUCGUCCAUAUCAUUCCAAUGAUCAACCGUGUCAAUGGAACCGAGAUCGCGGAACUCGGAGCUGGAGGUGGAAAGGGCGACUUGAAUCAGAAGGAAGAGCUGGAGACCGGCGAUGCGGUCGAUGUUGGUAAGCUGAUGGAACUGUGUGCGAAGACAAUCAAAGAUGAGAGAGUGCUGUCAGGUGUACUCGCUCUGCUGCAGCAGGUGCUGAUUGACGGAGAUGACACAAUUGACCUUGGAGCGGACCUACAGAAAGAUAGUCAAGGGAGCGACGAGGACUUGACUCUGCAAAGCCUCGUCUCGGUCCUUUCAUCGCACGCUUCCAAAGGCGACGGUCAACAGGAACUAGGAAACCGAACAAUUCGUUUCCCUUAUUCACGGCACUCGUCUUACUAUGAACUCUGCGGCCUCGUCGAUGCCUUUCGUCCGAAGGAUAUCUACCCCUGCACGGUCGACGACGCGAACUGGAGUCCUUCCCUGGGAAUGAAGUACCUCUUCGGCGCCUUCUGCUCAGCGGACAUCUUCCGCCACGAUGCGGAGAUGAUGCAAGUAUACGAAGCCAAGCUGGAGCAGGAGUCCAACCGAAAGCGGGAUAGAGAUGAAAGCCAACGUGAGACGCAAAGUAAUGAGGGGAAUAGGACAUUGAGCCCUAUCGCAAUUAAGCGCCCCAGGCCAGACGAUGGAGCGGACCCCCCAACACUGGAACAGGACAAAGAGGAACACUCGACAAUUGCCGCGCCGAAAAGCCCAAGCGAAGUCGAGCCAGACGUCGAAAUCUCCAUCGCAUCCCCUCCGCCAGUACUGGUAACGCCAGAGCCCACCAAAAAAGUUCCUCGCCUCCCGGAUGCCCGCCCGUCGUCAUUGAUAGCUCAGAAAAUCACGACUUCCGUUCCUCCACCAUCAUCCGCUCUACCGACACCCAUCGAGCGCUCGAUCAUCCAAACCCCCAGUAUCAUGAAAGAGAGAAAGCGGAAAGUAACAGACAGGCAGAUAGCAUAUGAAGCAGCACUAGGCGUGCGGCUGACCUGGGCCGACUACGGCGGCCUAGUGUCGACAAGGAGCAAGAUCGACCUAGAGGAGGAGGAACUGUAA